GACGUCUAAACAAGAAAUAUUAAUGAUGACUUCAUACAGGGGCCCAGGUCCAGGGGCCUCCUGCCAACCUGACCUCAGGGUCCCACCAGGUUCGGUCAGUUUUCAUCCGUGUUGACGUUAGAUCAGACUCCUGGUGUCUGACCUCAGAACAAGACGUUCAGGAUUUUUUAUUCUUCUGGAAUAAAGGAGUUAGUAACACCCCAACAUCAGGACACUUGUCCCGGACUGUGGAGUUUCAGUGACUCGGUGUCGCCCCCUUGUGUCCGGACAGAGCGCUGUCUCUGUGGGAGGAGACUGAAGUUCAGGCGGUUAAAGAACGAGGCUGUUUGUCGUCGCAGAGUUAGAACCAGUCUGAGUUCAGUCUCUGGACUCUGAGAGGAGUUUAACUCCAGGAGACAGAAACCAAUCGACUGAAGACGGAACAAGAAGACAACAGGUCUCGGUCUGCUCCCACUUUCAGGAUGGACAGGAAGCAGUGUUGUGUGAAGCUGUCGGUUCAGCCGUCCAGAGGACUCAUGGAUGAGAAGUUCAUUGUCCUGGUCCAGAAUGUCUGGCCCGGUUUCCAGCUGACUGUCCACGCCCUCCACCAGUGUGAAGACGGACACAGCUGGGAGGCGUUUGGUCACUACACCGCUGACGCCACCGGGACUGUGAAUGUUUCAGAGGAUCCCAGUCUGGGUGGAACGUAUUCUGGGGUUGAACCGAUGGGUCUACUGUGGAGCCUCAGACCAGUUCCAGGCAGCAAACCUGGGAUCAGGAUGAGGAAGAUGAACGUCCAGACUCCCAUGGAGGUCACAAUCUCAGUGUACCAGGGUCACCAGACUGAGGGGUUCGUGGAUCAGGUUCCUCUGGCCGGUGUGUUGGUGGAGCGCUGGUACAUGGCUCCUGGUGUCCGCAGGAUCCCGAUCACAGAGGGAGGACUCACUGCGACCCUCUUCCUGCCCCCAGGACCUGGACCUUUCCCCGGCCUCCUGGACCUGUGGGGGGGUGGAGGGAAGUUGGCGGAGUACCGUGCAUCUCUGUUGGCCUCACACGGCAUCGCAUCCCUGGCUCUUGACUAUCUGACACCAAAAAUCACGAUUGAAACCAGGAAGAUGGUGGGCAUCGAGUACUUUGAGACGGCCUAUAGAGUCCUGCAGCAGCAUCCUCAGGUCUUCAGCAGCAGGAUUGCCAUGUUGGGCCUUUCCUUUGGCACCAGUAUCACCUUGAAAAUGGCUGCAUACUCUGAAGUUGUAAAGCUCAGGUGUGCAGUGUGUGUUAGUGGGAGUCAUGUGCAGCCAGUUGAUGGAUCAGUGGAACAAAUCCUGGGUUAUUUUCACAAGAACGGUGGGAAGACUCGCUUCAGUGAGGAGAACGAGGCAAUUUGGCGAGACCUGCUGCUGCCCAUCCCCACCGACUCCUCCCUCAAAGUGGAUGUGGGACGACUCCAGUGUCCUCUACUGCUGGUUGUAGGUGAGGACGAUCAGAACUGGCCUGCCUACGAGUCUGCAAUGGACAUGAAGGAGAUGAUGGAGCGAGCAGGGAACAGCCACCUGCUGACCAUCCUGUCGUACCCCAACGCCGGUCACCUGAUCGAACCUCCGUACACGCCGCACGCCCGAUCCAGCUUCUUCAGGAUGGUCAAAACACGUGAGAAGAUGAUGGCUCUGUGGGGUGGAGAGACGGUGGCACAUUCUCGUGCUCAGGAGGACGCCUGGAGGAAGACACUGGUCUUUCUGAGGGAGAAUCUGUUCUGAGGAACAGACUGAAGCAGCCUCAGUCUCUCACCUGUAACCUCAGUGACAACUAAUAGAUCUAGAGUUGCUGAGUGAAAGGAGGUAUUUCAGGACGUCCCUGGUUCUGGAAGAAAAAAAUCCCAGACUUGCUCUUGUUCCUUUUGACUUUGAAUGUUGCACAAAUGUAGAUUUGCUUUUCACAAAGGCAUGAAUAUGAAUGUAAUCUAAUGUAAUUAUUUGCCAGUGUAUAUGAAAAUGAAAUUAUUAAUUGUCGAUUGUUAAAAUUAUCUGAGGUUUCAUGGAGUCCGAGGCGAAGUCUCCAGAUGUUCCAUUUAGUCCCGACCAGCAUACCAUAACUCAAAGAUAUUCACUUUACAAUAAAACAGAGAUGCAGCAAAGAGAAACUGAUGGAGCUUUUGAUUGAUAAAUGACUUCAGUGAUUAAUCAUGAUUAAUGAAGGCCAUCCUUUUUUUUACCCUGUCCUACUGUACCAUCAAUACAUGUCAUAACAUUAAUAAAAUAUAAAAUUAA